GCACCCAGGCGUGGGUGUACACGGGCUGCAUUUCCCCCUUUCUCGUGGUGUGUGCGCCCUUCACUUUGGUUUUGGCUAGCCCGAGGCUGGCGCAGGGCGAGCAGCAGAUGCCUGCACUGAUGCUGUGUCCUGCAGGCUGCCAGCUGAGCACGGAUGCCUCGAGCUACGUGGUGAAGGAGGAGGAUGACUUCUUGGAGCACCUGGUCCUGCUGAGAACGAUCUGCCUGGGGGCCGAGGCCGGGGAUGAGCUGCAUGUGGUGGCCGUUGAUUCCAAAAACACCUAUGGAGACCAUAAGCCGGUGACCAUCGCGGCGUUGCGGGCCUCAGUGCUCCCCAUGAUCAGCCUCAAAGGUCUGGAGCUGGUCCCUCCUGUCACCUUCAUCCUCAAGUCUGGCGCCGGACCGGUCCAUCUCAGCGGGCAGCACAUCACCCUGGAAGAGGAUGCCAAGUCUGAAGCCUACGAGGAAGAGAUCUGGGAGGAAGACCUGGAUGAUGACGAUGACGAGGAUGCUACGACGCUAUAG